UAGUGAACGCUGAAAGCAGGAGCCACGUGGCAUUUUCAUGUUAGAGACUGGUGUUUUCAAGGUCACAUUCAGUGAUGUGGCUGUUGACUUCUCUUGUGAAGAGUGGGGAUGGCUAGAUUCUGCUCAGAGAGAUUUAUAUAAGGGUGUGAUGGUCCAGAAUUAUAAGAACCUAGCUUCUCUAGGUCUUUCCGUAACUAAGCCACAUGUGAUCUACUUAUUGGAGAAUGGAAAAGAACCAUGGGUGGUGGAGAAAUAACUGUCAAAAGGAAUGUUUCUUGAUUGGGAAUCAAAAUGGGACAACAAGGAAGUCUCAACCAAGGAUAUUUAUGGUCAAGAUUCAUCCCAAGAUGUAACAUUAGAAACACCUUUAAAACAAGAUUGUGAAUUUUCAAAUGUUAAUAAGGACUGGGAGUAUGGAGAGAAGAUGGAGAGGAAACAUGGACAUCAGAUAGAACAUUUCAGACCAGUGAUCUGCACCUUUAGAGAAAACCCAGCAGGGGAAAGUGUUUAUAAUUACAAUACAUUUAAAAGCAUCUUCCAUUUAAGUACUGAUCUUUCUGAACCACAGAUAAGUGUUGAAGAGAAAUCACAUAAACCUGAUAUAUUAAACAAAAGUGUAGACGAAAAGUCUGUUGUAAAAAAUGAGAAAAGUAAUGUCAGAAAUAAAGUUUUGGAUUCUAAUGGAAGUAUGACAACUUUUGGCCAGAGCAUAUCUCUUACCCCUCACCAGAAGACUUAUAGUAGAGAAAAGCUCUUUACAUGCAGUGAAUGUGGGAAAGGAUUUGGCAGUCCCCUUAAUCGCCACUGCAGAGUUCAUACAGGAGAGAAACCCUAUGAAUGUCAUGAAUGUGGGAAGGCUUUUAGCCAUGGUUCAUCCCUUACUCGACAUCAGGUAAGCCAUAGUGGAGAGAAACCUUACAAAUGUAUUGAGUGUGGAAAGGCCUUCAGCCAUGUCUCUUCACUUACUAAUUAUCAAAGCACUCACACUGGAGAGAAACCAUAUGAAUGUAUGAACUGCGGAAGGUGUUUCAAUCGUGUUUCACAUCUCAUUGAACACCUGAGAAUUCAUACUCAAGAAAAACUUUAUGAGUGUCGAAUGUGUGCAAAGGCCUUUAUUCGUAGAUCAUCUCUUAUUCACCAUCAGAAAAUUCAUACUGGAGAGACCUAUGAAUGUAAUGAAUGUGGGAAGGCUUUUUGCUGUAGUUCACACCUUACUUGACAUCAGAUAAUUCACACUGUAGAAAAACAAUAUGAGUGUGACAGAUGUCUGAAAGUAUUCAGUAGUCACUUAUCUCUUAGUCAGCAUCAACAUGUUCAUACUGAAGAAAAACCUUUUGAAUGUCAGAAAUGUAAGAAAUCCUUUCCCCACACUAAAUCACUGAAUGUGCAUUUGAGAAAUCACAUUAGGUUGAAACCUUAUGAAUGCAGUAUAUGUGCAAAAGCCUUCAGUCACCAGUCGUCCCUUCUUCAACAUCGCAGAAUUCAUACUGGAGAGAAACCUUAUGAAUGUAUUAAAUGUGGGAAGACUUUCUGUUGUAGUUCAAAUCUUACAGUACAUCAGAGAAUUCAUACAGGAGAAAAACCAUAUAAAUGUAAUGAAUGUGGGAAAGCUUUUAGCAAAGGCUCAAAUCUUACUGCCCAUCAAAGAACACAUAUUGGACAGAAAUUUAGUAGUUCAAUGAUCAUGGUAAAAUGUUUAGACCAAAUAAAUCACUAUACAUGUCAGAAGUCAUACAAGAAACUCUGUGAAACACUUUGUUAUAAUAAACUUUAGCCACAGAACCUCUGUAAUUCAACAUCAGAAUUUUUUUAAUGAAGGAAAGUAUGAGAAGACCUGUAGUUAUGAUACAACCUUAUUGUUCAUCAGAGUUCAUACUGUAAAGAAACUAUAUGGAGACAGUGAAUGU